CGGUUCCCCAGGCGCAACACCUAGCCUGGCGGGAAGAUCUUCCCUUUGUGGCGGUCGAGCAUAAUCACCUAGCUCCCGCUACAGUGGUGACCCCGACGUGAUUGAAAGCAGCCUUCGUCAUCAUCACACCCGACGUGAUUGAAAGCAGCCUUCGUCAUCAUCACACCCGACGUGAUUGAAGCAGCCAUCGCCAACGUCGUACUCUCCAAUCUUCACCAUCACUCCUCACACCCUCAUUGGUCUCAAGUCAGCAGCAAACAGUCACUCGCAGCAGCAAGCCAUCACUCAUCUUCAAGGGCAUCUACAGGACCAUCGCAGCCGACGCAACGCGCUUCCUGGUUCUGGCACCCGCAACUCUCUACGACUUCAUCAACGCCGACGCACCCUGCAGCCCACGUCUGGACGCGCGCACUCACCGGCGUGGCAGCCAUGUAGGGACCGGUGCCAACAAGUCAUAUUCCGCUCACGACAGUCUCGACUCACCGCAGACUACGAGCUCAACCUACGCAUCCCGACUCACUGGGACAUCGAGUAACAUGGCACGCACGAGAAGCACAGACUGCACAUCAAGACUUCAUCAGACCUUCGGUCUUGGGGAGGAGUAAUGUGGCGACAUCUACCACGCCACAUGCACAACGGCGCAGAUGUAAAAAGCCGACCAAACGCAACUAAUAACAAGGCACACAAGUGAUCCAGGACACUACGGACAGAUGGCACAACGGUCGACUCACUAUGGACAGCUAACAAGCCUAGACCGCGCAGACAGUGCGUUUUCGAUUGGAAGCAUAAAUACAACCUCCGACAUGACACCGUCGGAGCCGUACGGUUCCCCAGGCGCAACACCUAGCCUGGCGGGAAGAUCUUCCCUUUGUGGCGGUCGAGCAUAAUCACCUAGCUCCCGCUACAGUAGUGUAGUUAAUAUAGUGUACUAAAUCUAGAAUUUAAGGUACCUACUUGGAUAUUCCGGGCGAAAUUUGUGGAACUUCCAAUUCUCGUAUGAAAGAUUUAAAAAAAUCCAAGAAUUAUCGAAACGUGAACAAUUCGAGGGAGAAUUUCCCAAGAAUCGGGCUAAUUCAGUAGUCCUGUCUUUUCAUAAUGGCAAGGAAUACAGAAAACAUGGAAGUGUCAUAAGACAAAUUUACUACAGUAGACGUGUGGCAAAAUGCAUACAUUCAACGGUAAAAUAAAUAUAGUGCACUAUAAGUGAACAUUCGACUUCUUCAACCCAAAUUAACGGCGAUUAAACGCUUAACGUAUAGCAUAAUAGUAGACUCCAGAAUGGCAACACAGCUACAAUUUCUUAUGAUGACUUUGACAUUGAUGUUUAGAAGUUAAUAGCUUAGAUUAAGGUUUUCAUCAACAAAACAAAAUAAAUAUUAUUUAAUGAUAAAAUCUCGGUUAUUAUAUUCAUUAAACCAUAAUUUAAUCAAACUCAGAACAUAUACAAUGGAUAGCGCAAGACUAUUAAAUUCUGUGAAGAGUUGUAUACCGUCUUUAGACGCAAACAAACACAAAGGUCAAGCAGGAAGGAUAGGUAUCGUAGGAGGCUCUCUAGAAUAUACAGGAGCUCCAUAUUUUGCUGGGAUAAGUGCUUUAAAAGUUGGUGCUGAUUUGGUGCACAUAUUCUGUACUACGCCAGCAGCAACUGUUAUAAAAUCUUACAGUCCAGAAUUAAUAGUACAUCCUCUGUUGGACAGACCAAAUGCAAUAACAGAGAUAUCUCCAUGGCUUGAUAGACUGCAUGCUAUUGUAAUUGGACCAGGCUUAGGUAGAGAUCCAGACACAUUUAAAGUUGUUACAGACCUUAUAAAGACAAUCAGAGACUGUAAAAUACCUCUUGUCAUAGACGCUGAUGGACUGUUUCUAAUAACUGAAAAUCUUGAUUUAAUAAGAGACUUCUCAUCACCAGUCAUUUUAACACCCAACAAAAUAGAAUUUGAGAGACUGUGUACAAAGACAAAUGGAGCAUCAGGGUUGAACCAAAUAGGCAAAAAUGUACUUGUUUUUAAAAAAGGAGUUUCAGAUGAAAUAUAUAGUGGAAAUCCUGAAAUUCAAUGGAAGUCUGAAAUUGGUGGAUCUGGGCGCAGGUGUGGUGGGCAGGGAGAUAUUUUAUCUGGUUCUAUUGCAACAUUUUUAUAUUGGACAUUGAGUAAUAAUGUAGAAAUUGAUAUAGUUAAAGAUGAUAAACCAAUGGCAGCAGCUUCAUUGUCAUGUUAUGCAGCUUCUCGCCUUGUGAGAUGUUGUAAUGAAAAAUCAUUUAAUACAAAGGGGAGGAGUAUGUUGGCCACAGAUAUGAUUGAAAAUAUUCAUGAAGCAUUUGAAGAACUUUUUCAACAGAAAUAAAUUGCGUAGACAUAUUGGAUGGGUAAUAUAGUAAGAGGCAUCGUGAGACUACAAUAACUUUAACACUGUUUAGUUUAGUGAUGGGAAUAAGGCAAUAGAAUUAAGGAACAAUGUAAUUAAAGAUGUUAGAUAAAUAUUGAUUACAAUAGGCAGUGCAAUUUAGGUCUACUUAAUUCAAACCGAAUAUAUAUGAUACUGAAUAACACACAAAGGAAUAUAAAUAGGUAUUAACACCACUGAGAAUUUUGGUAAAUUUUUACUCAAACUAUUACAAAAUGCACUGCUUAGCUAUUCUGAUCACUGUUAAUUAAGUAAUGUGAAAAUAAAAAAAAUAUCCAAAAAUUA